GGCCAUAAAAAAAAAAGAGCACUCAACACUCCUACCUAAUUCCAAAAUCCAACCUAACACAACCUGAACAAGCCAAUCGACCGACCAACCAACCAACCAACCAUGGCCGUCAACCCCACACAAACGCGCACAGAUCUCGCUCACCGGCCAGCGCCGUCCGCCUCGAAACGCACCGAAGCGGAUUUUUCCUGCAACGACGACGAUGACGACGAUCCGACCUCGUCGUCGGGUUCCGAUUCGUCCGAGUCAGACAGCGACAGCGACAACGAUGCAGAAAGCAAUUCCGAGUCACGUACCUCUGAUCGUCACACCGGCGCGCAAGGGUCUGACGUCCCGCCCAGCGUUCCUGGCCGUCCGAGACCGUACAUCCACCGUAUGAAGCGCGAUAAUGGUCUUCUUGACCGUCUGUCUACUUUCCUUCCGCAGAUGAAGAGCGCGAAUGAGGAUCUUCAGCGGGAGAUUGAGGCUGGGCGAGGACAGGAUGUUCGUCUGGAUGAGGCGGACGAGGGGGGUGAGGGGAGGUAUAUCGAGAUGAAUCUCGGCCUAGGCGUCCUGGAAGAAAAGCGCGACGGGGACGAUUCCGACGAAGAUGACGAGAAAGAUCACACCAAUACCACAAACCCUCAGAAUCCCGAGACAGCAGCUCCCGGAAGUCAGGCUAAGGAGACGGACGUUUUGGGCAAGUUGAUGGGCAAUCAGCAUCACGAAUCGUCCACCGAGAAACCCUCUAUCCAGGAGAUCAACGAGUGA